UUCCCUUUCCUUUCAUCUUUUUUAGUUCUGACACUCAAAUCUCACUCAAGACUCACACACAGAUUCCUCACCAGUCAUCGGGAUGUGGAUUGCUCUGUUGGCUGUCGCCUCUGCAUUGCUGGCCACCACCAGAUCAGGAACCAUCACAGUAGUGCGCUCAAGGAGCUGCAGCUAUGCCGGAGUGUUUCAUGUGGAAGGAAGUACACGCUACAGCCUGAGGUUUGAUGCGGCUGAGAGACUGUGCGAGGAUUUAAACUCUUCAUUAGCCAGUCUGGAGCAGGUGACAAAUGCCCAUGUUAAAGGACUACAGACGUGCAGGUAUGGAUGGAUAAACAACUUAGAGGUGGUCAUACUCCGUCACAGACCAAAUAUAAACUGUGCUGGCAACCAAACCGGCGUCAUCCCGAAAACUCCAGAAAAUACAAAAUACGAUGCAUUCUGUUUUGAUGCUAAAGAUACGUCAGAGAUGAACUGCGCAGCUAGGAUUGACCCUGACAGUUUAAACAAAGCAGAUGUCUCCGAAACGACAGGUACACCAAGUCAUUUGACAGAAGUCCCAACACACCAAAUAAACUUUGAAGGGGAAGAGUCGGAAAACUCAACAUUUGUGUCUGAGACCUUUAGUACCGUUGACUGGAUGCAGAUCAGUCCUUCACAGAACCACUCCAACGAAACAAGCCAUGACACGCAGACAGAGGAGUUCACAACUCCACAUCCACGUCUCAACACCACAGAGCUGGGAGCGAGUGAGACAGCGUCCAGCAAUGGAGCUACGACCAAUCAAGCAGGAGACGGCAUCUCAAGGGACAGCUCUUUAGAAUGGCUGAUCAUUUUACUCACCAUUUUGGCAGUUCUUCUCAUUCUGCUUUUCUGUGUUAUUAUAGCAAACAGAAAAAGAUGGUGUGGCAAAAAAAAGACUCUGAUAAUUACAAAAGAGAGCAGUUGUAAAGAAAACAGCGCAGAAGCUUCAUUCACUAAGGAGCAGGAGAUGGUCAAACUCGUGAAUACUGGGAACAACAACAUCAGUCCCAUAGUGUAAAAGCAGUGUCUUUUCAAAGCACUUGACAGUAUUAAAAUGGAGAAUAGAGUGUCUGUAAUGUAUAAUGACAAGAUUAAACACACAUUUUCAUUUGAAUGCUUUUUUAUUAUUGAGUUUAGCUCAGUUUAGUUAAAAUAAUAUCUGCAAUUAAAUCAACAAUAAUUGCUAGAAAAUAAAUGUGUUUAAAUGCAAAGUAUUGCCAGUUAACCUUGUCUUACCGAGUGUUUUCUCUAGUUGUUCUGCCUGCUAUUCUGUUUAUGACCCUGGCUGUUUUUCUGAUUAUUGAUUUUCUUUAUUACCCCUAUUGCUAUGUUUGCCUGUUUGGAUUAAGAUUCUGGUUUGGACCCUUUGCCUGUGUACUUACGUUGCCUGUUUGGAUUUGCCCUCUGUAUGUUGAACGAUCGGACUGCUACUUUGGUUUUGACCCACUGCUUGUUGACUCUUCUCUGUCUGUGAGAUGUGUACUUAAUAAACUACUUCAUAUGGAUCCCA